UUCUUCUACUGCAUUUCGGAGAGGGGAGACGGAGAGAGCCGUGUGAUGGCCGAGAAGCGGCAAUUGGAAGCGGUGGGUACCGUGGCGUACAGCAAACUACCUCGGCUGGAGGCAGAUCCGAGCCACGUCCGCGCAGCCGGCUUCUGCAGAUCUGGGGUGCUGCCUGGUCAAGCCUCCGAUGACCAUUAUAGCUACCAAGGGACCUAUUUCAGCUACCCAGUGCAGUGCCACGAAUCGCCUGAGCUCUCGGUACAUUGGAAUUCCUCCGAGCCUUAUGUGCCUUGUCUGGAUGGGGCCAUAACCCAGCAACUCAGGCCAGAGAAAGCACGCUGUUCGUUGUACAGGCAGGAGUUGGGGGGCUUGGGGACGUGGGCACAGAACCCUAGCUAUGAGAAGAGGAAGGACUGCCUGGUGGGAGAGAUGCUGGCCACUCAGGAGAAAUGGGCUAAUUAUAGCGGCCACACGGACUUUAUUCAGCAGGGCUGGAUCCAGGGAUUCCCGAUGCUGCGUUCUGUUCGAGUGCCAACAGGAUGCGCUCCCUUGGUGGCACCGAAACCAGUUUACCGAAAUCACGUUUACUGUACAGAUGCCAGUUGUAGCCCAAAAGGCUCCCUAGCAUCAGGGACGCCGGCGGAAAGCCCGUCAAAACGGCCGACGAAUGUAGAAUGGACUUUCCCGUCUUCAGGGCACCAGGUUAACUCAAGCUGCGGAAGCAGUGCAGCAAAAAAGGCCCCGGUUGCAGAAUCAGGUUUCCUGCCAGUACACCAAAGUUUGAAAGAUACGGCUGCGGACUCGGCCGGCUUUUCACCUUACCACCAGACAUUUGAAAAUCUCCAAGUAGCAUCAAGCUCGCUGUCGGCGGAUGCGAGCUACCCUAUUGGGUGCAAGAAUCGGAAAAGCGUUCUGGAAGAGGGCUCCAGGAGCCCAUGUGGAAAAGUCUGGCCUAAGCUACCUCCUCCUGCCAGCCCGUUGGCAGCAUCCCAGGGUCUUAUCUAUCAAGAGAACUCACCAGUGUGCUACCCACCACCUUCCUAUCCACUAACGUCGCACGAGCAACUAGCGCUUUAUCAUCGAAACAUAGCCCAGGCAGAGAAGCAGAAAGCACUCUGUGCCUUGCCGGCUUGCAGCAGCUUUAAUUUCCCAGCUGGUGAGGAUCCUCAGCAUCUGCCAAGGACUUGCUUCCCUCCAGCGCCUCGGAGUUAUUAUCCCGGUCAUCUGGAGUGUGACUCCUACCGGACACUCGGCUCCCCUCUAGUGACUUCUCCCAGCCUUAAUGCUUCCAGGGAACACAAAUCUCAACAGAAUUCCCAAUCCAAGGUCUCCUUUGAACAGAAGAAGCCCAUCUCCGCAUGCUCCAUGGCUGAAAAGGCUUCGCGGGGCAGCUCCUUACCCCGCCGAGAGGAUGCGCAGGAUUGGCUCGGAGCAAAGCCAGCGAACGAGAGUUUUCAGAGCCAGCAGGCGACUCCCCAACCCUGUGCCUUUCAACCGCUUCACUCUGUCGAGAGGUUGCCCAGUUUUGUUGACGGCUACGGGCGAACGCAAGAGACCUUCUACGAUAUGGGCCCUUGCCCGCUGAAAAAGGGCCACUCGAGGGAGACGGCACCAUCAUAUGCAGAGAAGCAAUCCAGUUCGAGCUCCGAAGACGAGAAGAGGGACAUCAGCAAAAUUCUUCAGUCGGGAGCAUGCAUAGUGAUUCCGAACAGCCCUGUCGCAACGCACGAUUCCUGCCUCAAAGGGGAUUCGCCGAGGAACCGAAUUUCCGAGAGUUUGGAUUCCUCCGUCCAGCAUGUGCUGCAGUCCCCAGGGAAAGAACCGAGGGGCUUAGAACAAAUGGAGGCUCCCCCGCCUCCUUCCUCCCCUCCCAUGCCAGUGAUCCACAAUGUCUUUAGCCUUGCCCCUUACCGAGAGUACCUCGAAGGAUCUGCUGUUUCCCUGCGCCACCCAUCCUCGGAAGGAUGUCCGGUGGAGAAGCCCUCCUCUGAGAAGUCCUGGCAAAAGGGAGAAGGAACGAGCUCUCCUCAGCCUCCUUUGGCCGGGUCGUGCAAAAUGCCUGCAGUAUUGCCAGGUAGAGGGAAAGACAUGGCCUAUAAUGCAGUAGCAGAGGGCAGCAGAAAGGAUCCAAGCAGCAGUUGUAUCGUGAUGGAGAAAGAAAGCGGAGGUUACGUAGGGUUCGCGAGAAUUACACGGUAGUGUCACAAUGCACCUGCAACUAGCUGGCGGGAUGCAGCGGGCUGUGCAGGUGAAUUCACCAAAGACGACCGUGCGUUAGACCUCAGCUUGAAAACCGAAGGGUUGCCGGAUGUGCUCCGUGCUCAGAAGCCAGCUGAUACCGAGGCUCUCGGAAGGGAAAACAGCAAGAGACAUGGAGAAAGUGUGAAAGAGGGCCCAGCCAAGGGGCAGGCGGCAAUCCAGGAUACUAACUCAGCAGCGUUACAGCCCCUGCAAAGAAACAGCUCUGAAGAGAAGAGUAAUUUUCAGAGCUCUGCAGCAUUCUUGUACACAAAAUUCAAGAUCCUAAAAUCUCACGCCACAGGACCAAACUCCAUGAGGCGACAGAAUGUCUCCUUGUUUCAGUCGAGUCCCCAAACCGAUGCACCGUCUAAUAACUUCUCUCUGCAACGAGAUUCCAAGCAGGCCGCAGCUCAGCAAAACCACCUGCCUGUUCCGCCGAGCUCUCAACAAGGGGUGACUCAGCAAAACCGCCCGCCUGUUCAGCCGAGCUCCCAACAGGUGGCAACUCAGCAAAACAGCCUGCCUGUACAGCAGAGCUCUCAACAGGUGGUGACUCGGCAGAACAGCCUGCCGGUUCAGUCAAGCUUCCAACAAAUGGUGACUCGGCGAAGCAGCCUUCCUGCCCUACACAUUGCCCCACGAAAAGUCCGCCAAGCCAGCACGCAACGCUUGUCGCGCAAGUGCCGUAAACAGCCGGAUGCUUCCACACUCCUGCCUCCUGCUGUGCCAGAUGGCUCUCCCACUUUAGGAGACCUCAGCGCCUUGCUCCCCCCCGCCUGCAAAUCUCCCAACCAGCAAGCUUCACCCAAGAAGUUUUUUACUGCCCUGCACGCCUCCAUCUGCACCAUCAUUUCCGAUUCGGUAUCUACCUCCUCUCCAGAGCUGCUCAGGGAAUGGCUGGAGAAGACGGAGCCCGAGACGGAGUCGAAGCCGAAGACAGCCGGCUCGACCAAAGGCAGACUCGAGACCCCCGAGGCUCCGAAGCCCUCCAAAGGCAAGCGGGUCUGGUUGGACUUCAAGGACGCAGCUGGGCUCCUUAACCAGCUGCAGUACCGCCUGAAGACCUUCUCGUUCACCCGCAAGUGCCCCUUCCCCCACGUGGUGCGGGCGGGCACCAUCUUCAUCCCCAUCCACGUGGUGAAGGAGCAGCUCUUCGGCAACCUGCCGGGGGCUUCCGUUGAUCAGGUCCUGCAGGCCCACAAGGUGGAGCUGCGUCCCACCACCUUGUCGGAGGAGAAGCUCUUGCGGGAGCGGAGCCUGAAGACCUGCUCCUCCCGCAUGCUGAAGCUGCUGGCCUUGAAACAGCUGCCCGACAUUUACCCGGACCUCCUGGAUCUCCAAUGGCACCACUGCGUCAAGCAGCAGCUUGGUGAACCCACAGAGGAGAUCCAGUUCGGGGACCAUGAAGCUGCAGGAGCGGAGGGUGUGGAGGCAGUGGAAGUGUCCAGAUGUUUACAGAGCACAACCCAUGUGCUCAGUCUGGGAGUCAGAGGGACGCACAAGCAAGGCAGAAAAUGUGAAUCGACACCCCAGGGUGAGGCUCCCUCCUCAUCUCCUGAGACCCACUGCCCGAUCGACACCCCAAAGUCUCAGGGACUCUCUUCUUCCUCUUUCAGCAAAAGGAAUGCUGCAUCAAUGCCCACAAAGGGGCCACCUCAGGAAGACCCCGCCUCUGCGGGGACCAAACGCUUCCCUCUUCGCUCUGGUGCUAAAAGGCAGCUUUUCCGUACUUGUCAAGUCUCUGGGACUCUUCAACUUAACCUGCUUGAUCGAGUCACCCGGAGUACCUCAAAGGUCCUUCGCCUCCGUAAGUCCGUUGUCCGUAUCAGAUUCCAGAACACUCUGCAAGAGAGGCAGGGGCAUCCCGUCCUCACGGGGAAGAAACAGAAGAGGCCAGCCUCAUUACUCCUGAGAAGCUUUCGGCAACAGAAAACAGGGACAGAGAACACCGCUCGGCGCCAUGGAUACCCAGAAUUAGUUGGAAAAAGGAUCAGGCACUUGUACGAGGAGAAGGACAAGACCGAGGCCUGGUACCAAGGGGUGGUGUUGCGAGUUCACAAGCCCCACAAAGACCCACUGAAGACGGUGUACGAGGUGAAGUAUGACAGCGAGCCGGAGUGGCAAUAUUACCUCGAGAUUCUACAGGAUUUCCAAAAAGGCUGGCUGGAGGUGGAUGAAUGAAAUCUAAGUCUCUUCUCAAGGGUGCUGGAAGGCCAGA